AGUCGCUCUCGCUCUAUAUUACACAUUUAAGUCCACUUUGUCACUUUCACAUCUAAGUAUUGCGGUGUUUUGUAUCCUGUGCUGAUUUUCUUCGUCUCCUCAUAGGAAAUGGAAGGAAUAAACAACACUUCACAACCAAUGGGAGUUGGGCAACCUCACCACCCAGUAAACCACACGAGACCAUUUUUCUAUGUUCAGCCACCAUCUCAGCCUUAUUUCAUGUAUCAGUGGCCCAUGAAUCCAUAUGGCCAUUACGGUUUUCCUGGGCCAGCUUUGCACUUUGGCCGUCCCUAUAUGGCCCCUUAUCAGUUUAUGCAGUAUCCUGGCUAUGUGAUUCCACAUGCCCCCAUGCAGCCAAUCGAUUACAGAAGAAUUAACCCCCACUUCCCCUCAGUUGCAUCCUAUGACUUGCGUGUUCGUCACCACUUUCAAAAUGCUGGGAUGCAUCGGGAAACCGCCUGUUCUGAAGUCCAAACAGAUCCUAGUGAUUCAGUCAACAAACUGAUAGACAAAAUUGAGAGUCUGAAGGCCUGUGAACUAGGCGGUGACAAGGGCCCUAACAAUGUGGUCUCCUCUACCCCUGAUGUGGUGCAGGGAGAGAAGUUGACCUGUUUAAACGAAGACUCCAAAUUGGAGGUUGCCUCUAAAGAAUGCAAGGAGGAUCCGGUCACAAGGCCCACAACCUACAGUGACUCGGCGUAUGAUGCAGAGUCUAGCCAGGGUAGAUUGGAUGAAUGUGUGUUCUCAGAUGUGCUGCCCCUUGACAGUUCCUCUGUGCAUGAGGAGGAGGAUGUCAAUGAGGAAGAUGACCCACAGACUGUUGCUGAUGAAAUAUGCAGCCAAAAUGAAAUGUCUGCGAGUACAACUGGCAAUGUGUUUUGUAGUGGUGUCCAAAGCAUUGCAGAUCCAACAGAAUGCCAUGAUUUGGAGAAACUUGGUGAUGAGCAGGUGCAGGAUAUCACAUCUGUGGAUGCUGCUGCAGUUAUGGAACCUCUUAUAAGUCUUUCUGAAGACUUUGACCUGCCGUAUCAAAUCCUUCGCCUGCCCUGCAAUAAAACAACAACUGGCCUCAGUCUUAAACGAGAGAUUGACCCACUUGUUUACUUUGAUUCGCCAUCCACUCUGUUGCCCCCACAAAACUAUUUGUCCUCAAUUGGCAGUGCUUAUUCCUACAGCUACUACCCACAAGUGACCCAAGAGCGCCAGAGUGUCUUAAGUCCAUCCAUAGAUGAGCUCUCCUCCAGAGAUGAAAUGUUCUCCACCGAUGUAGAGGAUCUCGAAGUCGUUCCAGGGCAUGUUUAUGUUGGUGGUGGCAGGCUGGCAGAAACCAGCGACGUGCCAGUUCGCUCCCGAAAAGAGCUCCCAAGUGUAGAUAAAACUUGCUCUGUUUGCCAGAAAACGUGUGCAUGCUGUGGUUCGACCUUGCAGGAUGAGGUAGGAAUAUGUAAAAUGGCUGAACACAGCCAUCCUGAAAGGGAUGAGGUGUCCGAUCAAGACUGUGAUCAUGACCUCGAAGCAGAGGUUCGGAGUAACUGCGAGUCUCCAAGAGUGUCCAAAAGGAAGUGUUGCAGUAGGCAUGCGCUGCCCUCUUGUGGGCAUCAUUGUGCCAAACACAGACACAGGAAGCUGCUUUGUGAAGGCCAGGAGAGCUGUGAUCUACGCGAGCAGGCUCGGGUGCAUCCCAAAGGAGAGUGCUGUGAGGAGUAUGGUGCUCUGGCUAAAGCAGAUAAGAGAAUUCAAAAGGGUGCCUUGUGCAGGCCUUGUAUUGAACAACAAUGGAGAGAAGGUGUUGUGUCUGACCAAGAGAAUUGGGCGAGCUGUGGUGCUAAACCGAGGUCUUGGAGGCAAGUUACUGGACCUCAGGAUCAAGCGAGAACUCCGUUGAGAAGGUCGAGUUGUAAAUCAAUCCAUCAGCAAAGGCCAAGAAGUGAAUACAAUGACUAUGAUGAGACUGAAUUUACCUACUGCCAGAGGGGCAGAGGUUCUAUGAAGAAAAGAGGCACAAGAUACUAAACCAUUAUGCACUGCUGUAGUACUUUGAUGUAUUACCUUAAACUUGUGUAAAAUGCACUUCACUAUAAAUGUACACAUGGACACUGUUCUUGGCUGUAUGUAAAUGAAAGGUAUGACCGUGAUGUACACCUUGCUGCAUUUUCAGUGCUCAAGAUAACUCUCUUUUUGGGUGCUGUGCAUUCAUCUUAAUAUUAUACUGAAACCGUUUUCACUGUACCAGGCCUUGACCUAUGCCUACAAGGCCUUUCCUCAUGUGUCAUGAUCUGGGAGGUGUAGAUCUUGUCUGAAAAGGGGCUCUUUGCAUGGUCAAGGACUGGCCCGCUGAGACCAGUUUCAAAUGUUGGUCACUGGAGAUGCAGCUGGUUCAAGGGUGAUGCAGGGGAGAAAAAAAAAAAAAAAAAAAAAGGGAAGGAUGGGGAAAUUAAGUGGACAAUCUGGCAAUUCAGCCUCUCUUAGUCCAGAUGUGUCUUUGUUUUUAUUACUGUGCCGUUUUAUACAUCAGUGUAAUGUUAACAUGCAGAAAAAAUAAAUUUGGCUAUACA